GUUUGCUCCGGCGUGCCCGUAGAGCCCGUCCUCGCCGCCAUCCUGCUCUUGUGCAAUUCCUGUUAUGUCCUCUCUCCCCAGAUCUCUUGCCGCCGCCUUUCUCGACGAUCAGCGCAAUGCACGCCCCUCCUCGGCUCCCCCAGAUCCUGAAAGAGUCCCCCCCCACCCCGCAUCCUCUCUCGCAGACCUGGACGACUCCCGCAUCACUCCUCCUCCUCACAGACCCAGCAGCGAGGCUCCUGGUCGCCUGGACAUGGGAAUCCCACCAAUUGGAGCACCCAUCGACCUAAUGUCUCAGCUCCAACGCUCCGAGCCGUCUGUCGUAAAGACACGGACGGGCAGUGUGCUCUCUCGGGGAUUUAUUCUGAAGACAGACUAUUGGCCCUCAGGCCGUGCACUCGAUCUCGGUCUGACCGUGCACGGUGCACCAAAUUUCCGUGCACCGAGGAAUAGCAACCUCAAUGUGUUCGGCGUCGCACAACCUCGGACUCAAGGCCUUCGUGGCAUCCUUUCGGUCCUGCGGUGCCGCCCAAACGCGACCAAGCCAACGCAUGUUAUAUGGUUUUCCACCAGGGAAGAACCAGUAGUAUAUGUGUCUGGUCGCCCAUUCGUCCUCCGAGACGCAUCCGAGCCACGGCGGACGCUGAAGCUCUCUGAUCGUGCCGAGAACUUAGAAGCGAUCGAGGAGCGGCUGAAGCCGACAUCCUUGUCGAGGCAAGCAAAGUCUAUCCAGCGUUCCAGGUACGGAGGCCUGAUUCUGACGCAUAAUGAGAUUGCAUCCGAUGCUGGCGAGGGUGCGAUCGUCCCAACAUGGACCGCGGUGGAUGGCGCGAAUGUGCGUACGAUGCGCGAGCUGAUGGAGAACAUGCGCAAGGACGGCUGGAAUGUCGAGGUAUGUUCGCGAAGGAUGGCGUCGUAUAAUCAACUCACAAGUUCCAGAAUUCCUAUCUCGCCGGAGCGACCCAUUGAGGACAACUAUCUCGACGCCUACCUCCAUGUGAUCAGGCGAACAGACCCGGCCACCACCGCGCUCGUGUUCAACUGUGGCAUGGGCGCCGUGCGCACCACGUUCGCGAUGGUCGCGGCGUGCAUAAUCCGCAGGAAGCAGCUCAUCAUGCGCGGGUUGGACGACCCGUACGUGAACAAGGCCGUAGUGCCAAAGCCGCUGGUAGUCUCGUCGACGGGAAGCCAGCCGUCGAGCAUGAAGCUCCAGCAAGCCCUCGAGCAAGCGAGUAUGCAGCAAGACCUCAACCGCUCCCUCCUCCGGAUCACAUCCAUCCUGCAGCAAUGCCUGGAAACGAAGAACUCGCAGACCGCAACCGAGCUCCUGCUCACGCAGCCGACGCUCCUCGAGAGCCUGCGCAAGGCGCACAUGGGCAACUACGGCAUCGUCCUGAGCCUGCUCGGCUGCCUCGACCACGGGCUCAAGUCGAAGAAGCUGGCGGACCGCGUCAUCGAUUCUUGCGACCAGGUGACGAACCUCCGCGAGGACGUCUUCACGCACCGCGUGCGAUACUCGCUGACGACGACGAUGGACGAGACGCAGAGGGAGAUCGUCCUCACGAAGGCGGUCCGGUCGCUGGAGAAGUACUUCUUCAUCAUCGCGUUUGCGGAGUAUGUGGACCAGAGCGACUCCUCUCAGAGCUUUUCGUCGUGGCUCAAGGUAAGUAGACACAUUCGGGAUUUGGUCGUGUUCCAAGUCAUGUUCCUGAGGAAGUCGUAUGGCUCUCGCCUGAACGUGUUCGCUCCUAUCAAUGACCUGUCCAAUCUGUCCAAGACGGGCUCUCAAGAACGGGCGUUGGUUCCCGGUCAGAAGAACGAUGUCGCGAUCGCAGGUGGACAGAUUCUGGGAGAUGAAUACUCAGACCAUGUCGUCAGGAACCGCAGUGGGAUCAUACUACGCGAAGGGACCCUCCUCAAGUCGGACCAGUGGCUCAGCGAAUCUCACGAGAUGGCGGACGGCGUCCGGGGUGCUAUCAACUUCCGCAACAUCCCGAACACGAACAUCUAUGCGCUCGGUCAGCCGACGCUCGAGGCGGUGGACGAGGUCGUGAAUCGCGUGCGCGGCGCACAUCCGGAGGCGAACCGGAUACUGUGGAUCACACUGAGGGAGGAGCCGAUCGUGUACAUUAACGGCGCGCCGUAUUGCUUGCGGCGGGAGAGGUUCACGUUGCGGAACAUGAAGGACUAUGGUGGCAUCUCGUCCUCGCGUCUGGAGGUUCUCGAGGAGCGACUGCGAGACGACGUCAUCGCUGAGCUGAACGCCUUCGGAGGUCGACUGCUUCUGCACACCGAGACACCUGACGGUUCGGUCAUCCCAGUAUGGGAAGAAGUCGAGAGCCAGAAUGUCUCUGUGCCGAAGGACAUCAUGGCCACCCGGAAACAUAUCGACGACUGCGCGGAGCUCGCUUAUGCGCGCAUCCCGAUCACCGCUGAACGACCACCGGACUUCACCGACCUCAGUGAACUGAUCGACGUCAUGGUGCGCAACAGUGCGUCGAGGGCGCCCAUUGUCGUCAAUUGCCAGCUGGGACGCGGUCGGAGCACUAUGACAGCGGUCAUUCUGCUGCUGAUCCAGCAGUGGCUAGAGAAGGCAGCAGAACAGCAUGCUUCUCAGUCGCCCCGCAAGCCCACACGAUCUCUCCCUUCGGCGGUGUCUGUCCCGCCGGCUGAUGGUGUCUUAGAUCAACACUGUGUCCGCCAGUCCUACCAAGUGAUCAAUAAUCUUCUCCGGGUCGUGCGCCGAGGCCCCGCUGUCAAGAACACUGUGGACGACGCCAUUGAUCAGUGUGCUGAAGUGAUCAACUUGCGGGAGUCCAUUGAAGAGGCGAGAUCACGGGCAGAGCAGGCCACGGACGAGCGACAGAGGAGACUACAUGCUCAUAAAGGGCUCCAAAACCUACGACGGUACUUCGAGCUCAUGGUCUUCCAGUCCUACCUACAGUCUAUUGAGCCAGACACCAUGCAGAACUUCGAGACCUUCGAGACCUUCGUCGAGAAUCGCCCUGUCAUCAAGACGUUUGAGAAGGAGUUAGUGUCGGACAGCAUGAGCACACUGAAGCCGCUUGAGCGUGUGGACGCUGCCGAAGGUCUUGCACUCCCUGACGAAGUACAAAGGAUCGUAGCCAACCGAACGGGGAGCAUCCUGUCGGCUUCCACUAUCCUCAAGAGCGACUUCUUCUCUAACUUGCAGAAGAUGAGUCUUCCGGAACGCAUCGAAGGGGCGCCUAACUUCCGAAGGGUCCCCCUUACGCUACGCCUUGUGCCAUCGGGAUCGACAUCACCAACUGAUAAGACUGACUUUGCCGUCAAUACCUCAGCAGAUCAUAGAUGGGUAUGUGGAUGUGGAAUGCCCACCUUGCAGGGCUUGAGGAACGCACUGAUUCGCGUGAAUGCGGGGCCAGGCGGCAGUAACUCGGUGUACUGGACUUCGUUGCGCGAGGAACCGGUAAUCUACGUAGCUGGCAGACCGCACGUAUUACGACUAGUCGACAAACCAUUAGAGAACGUCGAGGCUACGGGCGUAACAACUGUCAUGGUGGAAGCUAUGGAAGAGAACCUCAAGCGGGAUGUCAUACGGGAGGUACGAGCGGGCGAUGGUCGCAUUUUACUGCACGAUGAGGUCGAGGAAAGGCCGGGUGUAUUCUCCAUCAUCCCGAUCUGGGAAGAUGUCACUGAAGACGAUAUCAUGACGCCACGAGAUGUUUACGACAUGGUUGUGAAGGAAGGUUACAAGGUCAACUACGAUCGAGUCGCAGUGACGGACGAGCAAGCACCUCUUCCCGCUGCCUUGGCCCAACUCCUCGAGCGAGUCCGCGCCGGACUUGAGGCUGGCGAAGCGGCAGACUUCAUCUUCAACUGUCAAAUGGGUCGUGGUCGGACCACCACGGGCAUGGUCACAGCUUCUCUCAUCGCGACGACUACACGAUGGGUCCAUGAUCUUGAAAACGUGAUGCUAGAGUCUCGUGGAGAUGAUGAGGGUGAUGAUCGCGAGGUGCACUAUGACUCUAUUGAUGGUCCUUCAGAAGAGGAGGCAUGCCUACAAGGGGAGUACAAGACCAUCCUUCAGCUUGUCAGCGUGCUCUCCCAUGGGAAGAUGGCCAAACGACUCACGGACCGCGCUAUCGACUUGAUGCAAGACGUGCAGAAUCUACGAAAAGCAAUUUACGACUACAAACUGAAAGUCAACGCCUGUGAGAAGGGAAGCAGCAAGCAACGCAAACUAAUGGACAUUGGCAUCAACUACUUGUAUCGAUAUGGAGCCUUGAUUGUAUUCGCCAACUAUCUCAUUGAAAUGAAGGAAGGAGGUGAAAGCGGACCCCAGACGACUUUCCCUGACUGGCUCAAGGAAAGACGCGAGAUCACCAUGCUCUUGAGUCGUAGAUCACUGGACUGACGGACACUUCGACGUCCUGCACCUGUUCGUGUACAGUAACAUGAUAAUGCUGUAUCCUGGUCGUUGUGUAGAGGCAUUAUAAUAAUAUACAAGGGCCUAGGUAAUGGAGGGAGCCAGGCUGAGUCGCUUCGGAGCGCCAGACUGUAAUUAAACUUCGAGCGCCCGUUAUGGUGACGAUGUCCGCCCAGAAAGGCAACUCAGACCACUA